GCGUUCCUCUCAACCUCGCAAUUACACGUUUAUGGAAGUUACGCCAGACCAACCCUCUGCCUGAGGUGACGCUCUUGAGGGUAGGAACGUGUUCUUGUGACGGCUCAGUGUUCAGUCCUUGUGACGGCUCGGUGUUAAAUCCUUAUUACGGCUCAGUAAGUCCAUGUGACGGCUCAGUAAACCCUUGUGACGGCUCAGUAAAUCCUUGUGACGACUCAGUAAAUCCUUGUGACGGCUCGGUGUUAAAUUCUUAUUACGGCUCAGUAAGUCCAUGUGACGGCUCAGUAAAUCCUUGUGACGGCUCAGUAAAUCCUUGUGACGGUUCGGUGUUACAUUCUUAUUACAGCUCAGUAAGUCCAUGUGACGGCUCAGUAAAUCCAUGUGACGGCUCAGUAAAUCCAUGUGACGGCUCAGUAAAUCCUUGUGACGACUCAGUAAAUCCUUGUGACGGCUCGGUGUUAAAUUCUUAUUACGGCUCAGUAAGUCCAUGUGACGGCUCAGUAAGUCCAUGUGACGGCUCAGUAAGUCCAUGUGACGGCUCAGUAAAUCCUUAUGACGACUCAGUAAAACCUUGUGACGACUCAGUAAAUCCUUGUGACGGCUCGGUGUUAAAUCCUCAUUACGGCUCAGAAUAUUCCAAGUUCUACGAAUAUAUACAACAGGAAUAUUCCAAUUAUCCUAACUAUCACCGCCUGAACGAGCUGGACCAACAACAACAGUAUCAGCAAGCAACAGUGUACACAAUCCUGGCUACAAAUUGCCCCCCCCCCCAGUUGGCCAUCCGAGUCCAGCCACCCCACCCCCCACCAGUUGGCCAUCCGAGUCCAGCCACCCCACCCCCCACCAGUUGGCCAUUAGAGCCCAGCCCCCACCCAGUUGGCCAUCAGAGUCUAGCACCCUCCUCCCUCCCAGCUGGCCAUCAGAGUCCAGCCACCCCCCCUGCUGGGCCAUCAGAGUCCAGCCACCACUCCCCCAGCUGGGCCAUCAGAGUCCAGCCAACGCCCCCCAGUUGGCCAUUAGAGUCUAGCCCCACCCAGUUGGCCAUCAGAGUCCAGCCACCUCCCCAGUUGGCCAUCAGAGUCCAGCCCCCACCUGCUGGGCCAUCAGGAGUCCAGCCACCCCCCAGCUGGCCACAGAGCCCAGCCCCACCCAGUUGGCCAUCAGAGUCCAGCCACCUCCCCCAGUUGGCCAUCGUGAGUCCAGCCCCCACCCAGUUGGCCAUCAGAGUCCAGCCACCCCCCCAGUUAGGAGUCCAGCCUCACCCAGCUGGCCAUCAGGAGUCCAGCCACCUCCCCCCCAGUUGGCCAUCAGAGCCCAGCCCCCACCCAGCAGCCAUCAGAGUCCAGCCACCCAGUUGGCCAUUAGAGUCCAUCCCUCCCCCCAGUUGGCCAUCAGAGUCCAGUCCCUCACCCCCCUCCAAUGGCCUACGACAGAGGGCCAUAACUCCCCGAAAAUAA